CGAUGGAAUUCAUACGUGAAAUCGACUCAGCAAGAGAGGAUUUGGUAGGCCGUUUAAAGGAACGUCUAAAACGAGGUGAAAACCCAAACGAAAGAGAUUGCAACGGUUCAACCGUUUUACACCAUCUCCUCUUAUUCUACUCCAAAGCUUCAACUCAAGCACAAUCAUAUCUAAAAGACGCUUUAUUGGUUUUGCUGGAAGGAGGAGCGUGUGUCGACUCGGAAGACAUGGAUGGUCAAUCUGCAGUCCACCUGGCAGUAACUCAAGAUGUCCCAGCUGAAAUGCUACUUGCUAUUGUGAAGCGAUCAGAGAAUCUGACGACUUAUCCAUCGUGUACUUCAACAACACCUCUUCAUUCAUUGAUGGGAGCAGUGAAUUUCAAUGCACAGUUGCUUUCAUAUUUGUGCCACACAGAUUAUGAUCUGACAGCUGGACGGACACAUGACACCCCAUUGCAUCAUUUGGUUGGUGUGCAACGAUCACAAGAGAGCAACGAGUCUCUCAUUGGCACUCUAGCAAGAGAAAAACCUGCAGUUUAUGGUCAGAUGAAGAAUGAGUUGCUUCAUCAUGCUUGCCGUCAGGGCAGUGCACCAACUGUCAAGGCUUUGUUGUCUCAUGGAUCUGAUCCCAAUGCGAUUUCUCUCUCAAGAUCAUCACCAGCACUUCUGACAGCAGCUGAACUACACGAUCAUCAAGAAGCAAAUGAAAAAGUGGACAUUUUACUGACUGCUGGUGCAGAUGCUGAUUCUACAAGCAAAAAUGGUCAGAAUCUUUGCCAUUUUGCUGCCAUUCGUCGCAACCUAACACUACUGCAAACAGCCAUAGACAAGGGAGUUGAUCACACAAAAUCUGACAGAGAAGGCAACACACCACUUCACUAUGCAGCUGCAGCUGUUGAUGAUAACCAUGAAGUGAUUGAGCUUCUCAUCGGUGAUGCAUGUGACACGAAUGCUGCAAACUCAAAAGCCCAGACGCCAUUGUGCUUUGCUGUUUUAUCAAAUCAGGUCACAAAUAUUGUGCCUCUGAUUCGGUCUUCUGCUGACAUUCGGAAGGCUGGACUGCAGAAACUUAGAAUUGAGAAGUUGCAGCUCCUUGCAAGACCAGAGAUGAUUCAGGCAUCUGCAGAGCCUCUCAAGUUUGUCCUAGAGCUGAGCUAUUUGUAUCGUCACUGGGGUUACAACCAUCCACUGCAGAAGGCAAGAUAUGAAGCAUUGUCUAUGGAGAUGGAAGAACUUGCUGUCAGCAUGGUUGAUUCUGCUCCUCCUGUUCUGUUGCUAAAAGUUCUCACAAAUGAGAUUGUGGAGAUGGCCAUUUCUGAUAGAUGCAAGAAGUUCAUUGCUCAUGCGUCAGUUCUUCAAGCUCUGAAACGUUCUUGGGCCGGUGAAAACAGUUUACCGCUGAGACUCAUUUUGUCUUUGACUUUUGUAUUUAUUCUAAAAGCAAUGGUUCGUCCUUUUGUUUUCUUUUGCAUUUGGCCUUUCUUACUUGUGAGGGACAGCUGUUGCUGUAUAACGUGGGAUUCACUGCGUCCUAUUGCAGAGCCUAUCAUUAUCUACACGGCCCAUGUCAUCUCGUACUCUGUGUUUGUGGUGCUGCUGCUCAUUGAUGCUCUGAAGCUUGAUCGUAUUGAGGCAAUUCUAGAUGGGUUGUUGUUGGUGAUAUUUAUAUUUGUCUUCGGUCUUAUCUUGCAAGAAAUACGGUCAUUCUUACGUUUGGAGAGGCGUUUCUACUUCAGUGGUCUUGACUAUAAAAUGGAUAUUUCAAUGCUUGUUCUCUUUGUCUUGUUCUUUAUAUUGCGAGCGAUUGCCUACUUCACAACUGAUAAUUUGGUUCUACUGCGAGGGUCGUGCUACUUUCUGGGACCUGCCACUGUGUUGGCUUGUGUGCGUGUGUUACGUUAUCUCAGCUGGCAUCCUGUUAUUGGGCCAGUCCAGAGGGCAAUUUCUAAAAUAGUGGAGGAGAUUCUAUUAUUCCUUGUUAUUCUGAUGGUUUUUCUUACUGCCUUUGCUGCUGGAAUAACCAACGUAUAUCGUGGCACUAGAUUUGUCUUUAAUGAGACGGUCAGAGCGAAUGCGACUAAUUGUCCUGCGGCUGAUUUCAGUGGGGUGUGGAUAUCUGGAGCGAGUCUUUUCUGGGCACUGUUUGGACUUCUUGAGCGCCAGGACAUGGAGAACUGUAGUGGAGCUGAGGAGACAGCUGGUCAAAUUACAAUGGCUGUCUGGUUGGUAUCUUCUGUUGUCAUUCUUCUCAACAUGCUGAUUGCCGUAGUCACCAAUAAAUUUGAUGAAGUUGAGGAAAAUGCUGAUACAGAAUGGAAGUUUACUCGUGCUGAGCUCUUGAUGCAAGUGAAACAUACUCAUUCUAUACCCAUCCCUUUCAAUAUACUCAAUGAAAUCGUGGAUCUUUUAGAAUUUUUGUUCAGGAAGAGGAGACCUAAUUUGGAGGCAGCCAUGUGGAUGUCUCUCAUCCCACUAACAACAGUAACACCUGAACGAAGGUUUGAGGCUCAGAAGGAACUGUUGCAAACGUUAAAGAGGAAAGAAGAGAGAGAAGGAAUGGAAUCACCAUCAACAAAGUCAGACAUGAGGAAAGUCAGUGAACAACUUCAUGAGCUAAAAACUACAUGGUCUUGCCCAGAUGAAAGUAAACAAACAUCUGGAGGUUUGCAUGGCAAUGAAAGAGGAGAUGAAUGGAUGUGGUAUCGACGCCGUUUGCAAAGAGUCAGUCAAACUACUGAAACUAUGGGUGUUGAGGAUGAUGACGACGAUACGAAUGGUGUGGAUGAUGUAGGAAGUAGGAAGAGUAUGAUUUGCCAGCUGUUGGAGAAGCCUAGCAAUGCAAAGGGGGCAGAACACCCUGCUAGUCCUGCACCAUCCAUAACAGAGACCCCAAAAUUGAAUCCAAGUGAGACUGCAAAGACUGCUCCACUGAUUCGUAUACAGAGUCCUAAUUCGGUGGCUGAUGAUAACCGUGUCUCAUUUGUGACUGCCCAGUCAGCCAGUCAAGCUUCCGUGCAGUUGGAAACGUCAACCAUGAGAAAUAUGGUUGAAGUGAUACAUCAAGCAUUAGAAAAACAGCAAACUACACUGGACAGAAUUGAUCACAAGGUGUCCAGCAUGGAAAACAGACUAGAAAUGAUAGAGAGACAUUUGUGGUCUAAGGAGACUGCAAUAUGAAGUGAACCCACCAGAGAGUCCAACAGUUUAAUUGAACAUUAUGUCAGUGAUUUAAUACUGAAAACAUUUUGCAAUUCAUUGUUUUGCACUAAAAUCAGUUUCUAUUCAGAAUACAGGGCCGUCGAAGCAAAUGA